AUGGCCGACUUUGCGCCUCGCUCCAUGAAGCGCAAGAACGUCAAGGGCCUCGCCCUGACGCCUGCAGCUCCCAAACCGCCACCCACCUCCGAGAAUGCCAACUUCCGCCAUUCUAGGAACAAUUAUUCCGAGGACACCUCGGCGCAGCUGGAAAUCGGCAUCGAGUUCAAUCUCGACCUGCGUCCAGAGGACCUCGAGAUCAUCAAGGAUCUGGGCUCUGGAAAUGGAGGCACCGUGAGCAAGGUCAAGCACAUUCCCACUAACACCACCAUGGCCCGCAAGGUCAUCCACGUCGAGGCCAAGAGAGAGAUGCGCAAGCGAAUCGUUCGGGAGCUUCAGAUUAUGCACGGAUGCCAUUCCGAGCACAUCGUCACCUUCUACGGUGCCUUCCUGAAUGACAACAACGAUGUCAUCAUGUGCAUGGAGUACAUGGACGUUGGCUCGCUCGAUCGGGUCUCUCGAGUCUUCGGCCCAGUCCGGGUCGAUGUGUUGGGCAAGAUCGCCGAAGCAACCCUAGGUGGUCUGACCUACCUUUACUCGAAGCACCACAUUAUGCACCGAGACAUCAAGCCCUCCAACAUCCUCGUCAAUUCUCGCGGCCAGAUCAAGCUUUGCGACUUUGGUGUAUCUGGAGAGCUCGUCAACUCGGUCGCAGAUACCUUUGUCGGAACAUCUACAUACAUGGCCCCCGAGCGAAUUCAAGGCGAGAAGUACACGGUCAAGUCUGACGUCUGGAGUUUCGGUCUGUCAAUUAUGGAGCUUGCCAUCGGUAAAUUCCCCUUCGCUGCCAGCGAGCAGCUGUCGGAUGCCGAGAGUGCGCCAGCAGGUAUUCUCGACCUGCUGCAGCAAAUCGUCCACGAGCCAGCGCCCAAGCUCCCCAAGAGCGAUGCUUUCCCACCAAUUUUGGAAGACAUGAUCCAGAAGUGUUUGCAGAAGACGCCAGAUGACCGUCCGACGCCCGAUGAGCUUUUCGAACGGGACCCCUUCGUCCAGGCCGCCAAGAGAACCCCCGUCGAUCUCCGAGAAUGGGCAGUAAGCCUGAUGGAGAGAGACAAUCGCAAGUCUCACCUGGCGCCCCAGCUCUCCCCGUCUACUCAGGAUUUACUGCGCUCGAAGGACUCUCCAGACCCGGCCGUGGAUGACCGCGCGUUGGAAACACCCACAUCAGCGUAUCGAAUCGAUCCCCGACACGAUCAGAACGGGGGGCAGGGAGCAGCACUGGCCGAUCAGGUGGACCGCCUGUACAUCCGGGACUAG